ACGCAAUAUGAAUGAUCUUUCGCAAACAGGUUUGAGAUUUGUGCCAUAUGGUCUCGAAGAAGAUGUGACUUGCAGCGCCAAGGCAAUAGUGUGUACGGCAGACUUGCCAGCCAAAGCUGACAUGCUUUGCAUGAAUCAUCACAAUGGCAAGUUCAGCUGCCUUGUAUGUGAAGAGCCGGAUCGUCAGGUUGCUAGAGGACGAGGCCACGUACACGCCAUCCCUUUUAAUAGAGCUCUUCAGAAGAGAACUAAUGAAAGUUUUGUACGCAACGCCCACCAAGCAGUUACUUCUAGUCAAACAGUUAAAGGAAUAAAGUCGGCUUGUCCACUUCUUUUAUUAAACGAUUUUUACCCAGUCACUGCCGCAGUCAUUGACUACUUGCAUUGCGUGCUACUGGGAGUGACAAAAAGUUUACUCCACCGUUGGACAGAUGUUUCAAGCAGAGGCUGUCCAUAUUUCAUCAGAGAUGAUAUCGAUACUGUAGAUGAAAGGUUAAGAAACAUCCACCCUCCAGAUUUCGUGCGACGUUUCUCACGAGAAAUUGGUAAAUGGCUACCUAAUUGGAAGGCAUCAGAAUACCGAUCUUGGCUGCUGUACUACGGCAUUCCAUGUUUGCAAGGCAUAUUGCCAACCAUGUAUUUGCGAAAUUUUUGCCCUUUUGGCUGAAGGCAUGCAUUUACUUCUUGCUGCUAAGAUCAGCGAAGAAAUGGUUAGGAGAGCUGAAGUUGUCUUGAACGACUUCUAUUAUGAAGCUCAAGACAUUUAUGGAGAGAACUCUGCGGUCUCAACGUCCACAA